ACGUCAGUCAAUCGCUGAAGUUUGUGGUGAAAGGUUGUGCAGUUCGAGAGCUCCGCAUAUAAAAAGUGAAAAGAAAAAACCCAGAACAAAAUGGUGGACAAGAUUGAAAUGAGUUUGGAUGAUAUCAUCAAAUCGACAAAAGGAAUGGGAUUGAGACAACGUAAACCCCAAGGUCGUGCCCCCCUUGGACGUCGUGGUGGUGGUAAUUUUCAACAGAGGGGCCGCGGUGGUGGUUUGAGUGGGGGCGGUGGUGUCCGGAAGGGACGCAAUUCAGGUGGCGGCAUCACACGACCCACAAAUGGACGAUUCCCGAGGGGCGAUGUUAACAGCGCAUGGAAGCACGACAUGUUUGAAGGAGCAAAAAGGAAAAUUCGCGGAAUUGGGAGCAACACCAACACAACAGCCAAACUUUUAGUCAGCAACUUGGAUUACGGAGUAUCAGAGUCGGAUAUAAAUGAACUUUUUGCGGACUUUGGACCACUCAAGAGCGCUUCUGUUCACUACGAUCGUUCCGGCAGAUCUCUAGGUACAGCGGAUGUUGUAUUUGAGCGACGUGCAGAUGCAGUCAAGGCUAUGAAGCAGUACAAUGGUGUACCACUCGAUGGGCGACCGAUGAACAUUCAAUUGGCAACAUCAGAAGUUCCCACACUGUCGCCAGCAAUCAAUAGAAACAGAUUCCCAGGACCUCGCGUUGGUGCACAAAAGCCACAGCAGAGGAGAAACAAUGCAGGUGGUGGUGGUGGUGGUGCGCCCCGUCGCCAGGGUGGACGAACUCCCCGUGGACCAGCCCCAACAGCUGAACAACUUGACGCUGAGCUGGAUGCCUAUGUCAAAGAUAUGAAGUAAUAAUGAGAAGAACUUCUGGGGAUCGAUGAAAACUCUCAUCGCAGUGACUACACCACACACACAGAAUCAAUCAACUAUAAUUCAAUGGAUAUUUAAAAUUAAUUAAUAUUAGUUUUUGGGGUGAAACAAAUAAUUAUCUUCUUAGAAAUAAUUUGAAAUAAUAACUUUGAGUGCAAAGAAAACACAAAACUCUCAAUCACAUUAAAUCUUUUAUCGGAAGUUUGUACGUAAAGCUUAAGGAUUAUUAUAUUAAACAACAAAGAAUAAGGAUUAAAGUCGCAAUUAGUGCGACAACAUUUUAUUUGUAAUAGAUAAAAAAAAAAGAAUACAUAUAAUAUUGAAAUCAUUAAUGUGAAUAUUAAUGAAAUCAUUAAAGUCAUAUGGAAAGAUUUCAAUGAAAUAAAACAAAUUAAAGAAAUUAAA